AGUUUGUUUCCAAAUGUGAUUCAGGAGAAUGGAAGCAGCAAAUCUACCUUAUCUUGGUUUACUCAUUUUGCCCCAGCUAAGUUUGUCUUUUAUACACUCAAGGAAAACAGCGAUAAUUUUCUGAAAUAGUUAGCAGAUCAUGUUAUGAUGUUUUUAAUGCUUUUAGAGGUCAUUUACUAUUAACUCCAACUGGUUUUCUUAAUUUCAAAAUAUAGGCCGACUUGAAAAGGUUAAAAGCAAUUUUUAGUUAGCACCCCUCCCCUCUUUGAUUUGCAAUCAGCAGGCAGUGCACCAGCAAUUCCAUUCAAACAGAAGUUUUCUUUGCUAAAGGAACGUGACUGAUAAUGGUUCUGUCAAAAAAAUUCAUUCUAGCUAAACAGUUUGUUGGUAAACCGUCCAGUGAUGAUAUAAAGCUGGUAACAGAAGAAUUGCCCGAUGAAGUUAAUGAUGAAGAAGUUCUAUGUGAAGCAGUCUGGCUGUCUGUUGACCCUUACAUGCGUAUCAAUGCUGGUGAGUUGUCAGAAGGAGAUGUGAUGAUGGGAGAACAGGUAGCAAGGGUUAUUGCUAGUAAGAAUCCAAAAUUUCCUGAAGGCACACAUGUGAUGGCACAUUUUGGUUGGAAGAGCCACACAUUAGUGAAAGAUGUCUCAGUUCUGAGGAAAGUUCCAGACAUUGAAGACUUACCAUUGUCUCUUAUUCUAGGAUCCUUGGGAAUGCCUGGACAGACCAGAAAGUAUUUUGAACGUAGUAUCUCUGUGAAAAUAGCAGGAAAAUUGGAUAUUAUUACUGUUAAUAUUGAUUUGGACAAAGUAUUAUCAUCCUCUGUUCCUGACGGCAUUGACUGUUAUUUUGACAAUGUUGGUGGUCACUUCUCAUCGGUUGUCUUAAGUCAUAUGAAUAGUCAUGGUCGUGUAUGCAUUUGUGGUUGUAUAUCUGAAUAUAAUGUUCCAGUGGAAAACAAACUAAAGGGUCCCUACCCUUUCAAAAGGAUUUUGCAUAAAGAACUCUCCAUAUUUGGUUUCAUAGUAUGGAAGUGCAUGCAGCGAGCUGGUGAAGGAAGAAAGCAACUUCUGGAAUGGAUUAAAAAUGUAGAACUAGUUGCUGAUAUGUCUGCUACCAAUGCAAUCACUUACCACUGGAAAGGCUUCCAUUUUGGUCCCAAUCUUUCAAGAUAUGAACAUGUAACAAUCAUUUAA